UUAAUUAAGUGUGUUUGAGAGUAAAGGGUAAGUGGGAGGUGGAUUUGAAUGGACCAAUGAGCGUGGAGGUGCAGCAGCAACAGCAACAGCAGCAGCAGCGGUGUGUCUCACUCUGGCGCUCCACACCACACAAAGAACUCCACCUGUUCUCUCCAGGUACCCAAAGUAGAUUUUAUAAAGAAAAACUCGUCCCUUUAAUAAUUGGAUUGCGGGAGGCCCUCGCUCUUAAAAUAAACCAGAAAGUUGUGUAAAUCGCUAGCCUGGAGGCCUCCAGCAGAAUGCCAGCCCCGGCUGUUGCCCGUGAAAACAGCCCCGGCCCAAGCCGCAUGAAGAGCUUUAAAAAUGCUGGUAAAGACAUGGAGGAGAUGCGCAGACGACGGCAGGAAACCAAUGAGUUACGCAAGGCUAAAAAAGAUGACCAGCUUUUGAAAAGAAGAAAUGUCUCUCUAGAUGAUCCAACUUCUCCUCUUCAGGAACAUAAUACUACGGGUCCUGUGAUGAGCCUGGAAGAAAUCAUAAAUGGCAUUAUUAGUACAGAUAGCAGUAGGCAGGUCAUUGCUACACAAGCAGCAAGAAAGAUGCUUUCUCGUGAACGCAACCCUCCCAUAGAUGCUAUUAUAGAAGCUGGAAUGGUGAAUCCUCUUGUACAAUUCCUGGAGAGAGCAGACAACCCGGCUUUGCAGUUUGAAGCAGCCUGGGCACUGACCAACAUUGCUUCUGGCACCUCUCAGCAAACUCAUGCUGUAGCAGGCUCUGGUGCAGUUAUCUCCUUCGUUAAGCUACUGAGAUCGCCGCAUACUAAUGUAGCUGAGCAGGCUGUCUGGGCAUUGGGAAAUAUUGCUGGUGAUGGACCUGAUCUAAGAGACUUUGUUAUUAAAGCUGGCAUUGUGAAACCCCUUCUUGAACUUAUCAAACCAGAAACAGAGCACUCGUUCUUACGUAAUGUAACAUGGACGUUAAGCAACCUGUGCCGGAACAAGAAUCCUUCGCCACCUUUUGAAGUCGUAAAGCAAUGUUUACCUGCUUUGAGUCACUUAAUUUGCCAUCCUGAUAAAGAAGUUCAAGCUGAUGCUUGUUGGGCAUUGUCAUACUUAACUGAUGGAACAAAUGAGAAAAUCCAGGAAGUUGUUGAUGCUGGAGUUGUUCCUCGCCUUGUGGAGCUGCUGAAUUGUGAUGACCUACCAAUUGUAACUCCUGCAUUAAGAGCAAUUGGAAAUAUUGUUACUGGCAAUGAUACUCAAACUGAUGUUGUAAUAAAUGCUGGAACUUUACCAGUAUUCCCAAAAUUGUUGAGACAUCACCGUAGCAAUAUUGUGAAAGAAGCUGCUUGGACGAUCUCAAACAUUACGGCAGGUAAUGCAGAGCAGAUACAGGCAGUUAUAGACUGUGGACUACUACCACCCAUCUGUCAAGUCUUGGAUAAGGGUGACUUCAAGGCCCAGAAAGAAGCUGCAUGGGCAGUAACAAACUUCACAUCUGGAGGGUCAACAGAACAGAUUGUUGAACUUGUAAGCCAAGGUGUCCUCACUCCAUUUUGCAACCUGCUUGCUGCCAAAGAUGCCAAGACUAUUAUGGUAGUUUUGGAUGGCAUCUUAAACAUCCUCCAAACUGCAGAGAAAAUAAGUGAAGUAGACCGUGUUGGCCAAAUGAUAGAAGAAUGUGGUGGGCUUGAUAAAAUUGAAGAACUUCAGAGCCAUGAAAAUGAGGCAGUCUACAAGAAGGCUUUAAGUAUUAUUGAGACUUAUUUUGCUGAGGAAGAAACAAAUGGUAUAAGCAGCACAACAAAUGGGCAAGCCUAUGAUUUUACGUCUGCUACGAACAUGCCUGAUGGUGGCUUUUCAUUCUAAGUUACCUAAAGUAUGUAGAAGUAAAUUCAUUUUGCCUUAUUUGCUCUAUCUGGAUUGAAAUUCAAAUGCAAGCCCAGGAUGUGAUUUGUCUAAGUGUUAAUUUGAUAAAAAAAAAAAAAAAAUAAAAAAAAGCCCCAAUAAAUUUCUCUAACCAGUCAUCUGCU